UCAGAAGUCGAACCGAAAAGACGUCUUGAAUUUGUUAUUUUCUUUUUUUUUUUGAACACACACGUUACUCACACACUUCGUCUCGUACGUGUCUGCAGCAGAGCAGAGCAGAGCAGCGGGAGCUGCACACACAAAUUAGAUAAAAAAAAAAAACACAAUCGAGACUCUACUCAAAGUCUUGCGCUGCGGCUGCGCUCAGAACUCGUGUGCGCGUCAACGUGAAAGCAUCUGCGGCGCGCUCCGAAAAUACAUUAAAAUAAAAUAAACAAACACAAUAUAAAUAAAAUACAAAAAUAUACAAACACUUAACGGUGCAUAUAUUUUUUUUUUCUUGGAUACUUAAUACAAUUACUUCAAAUAUUUAUUUUAAUUUUUUUUUUUGUAAAACAACAAUUUCAAAACCAAAGAGAAAAAGUGUAUCAAAAAGUGCAACUAAAUUAAUGAAAUUAAAUAAAUAAUUAAACAACCAAGUGACUUCAAGUGACCAAGUGAAACCACAACAACAACAGCAACAAGAGAUACAACAACAACUGUAGCAGCAACAACAACAAUUUUAACAACUACAGCAACAACUACCAAAAAAAAACACGGCUACCAAAAAUUCGAAUGCCGCCGCCAAAUUGUUCAAAUAACCAAAAACAAAACAAAGCCGUUAACGAUCUCAAUUAGCCAAGUUUUAGCAGCCAAGUUCAUAAGUAAAGCAAAACAAAGCAGCAAAGAUGCUGGCCACACAACAACAACAACAGCAACAACACACAGCGACAGCAGCAACAGUUGCUGCCGCAGCAGCAGCAGCAGCAGCUGCAACAGUUGCCCACAGCGAUGAUGGGCAUAGCUUUGAUGGAGAGCGACAGCGACGUGAUUCGACAACAUCGGAAUCAUCGCUGGAGCAUCUCGAUUUGGGACGCACACCAAAGAAGCUCAGCAGCAGCAGCGGAGCGCCGCAGCCGACGUCGACGCCACACGAGACGUCAAUGUCGACGGCGACGUCAUCACGCAAACGCAAACUGCGACAGCAACAACAACAACAACAACAGCAGCAACAGCAACAAAUGUCCGAUGAAGAGCAAGAACAACAUCAGCAGCAGCAGUUGGAGACAACAGCGCAGCGACUGCGACACAAGCAGCGACGCAACGUCGCAGCCAGCGCCAGCAUCGUUGUCGAUUACAGCGCCAGCGGCGAUGCGAGUUCGCUGCGCAAAAAGUUUCGUCUCAAUCGCAGCAGCAGCAGCGCAGCCGCCAAUGGCGAUCUCUCCGAAUCGGGCUUCGUCGAUGGCAGCAGCGCCAACAGCGGCUAUUUGCUCAGCAGCAGCAGCGGCAGCGGAAGUAGCAGCGCAGUCGCUGCCGCCGCCGCCGCAGCAGCAGCCGCUGCAGUUGCAGCGCAGCAGCAGAUGUCGUCGAGCAGUUCGGGCGGUUCAUCGCCUCAAGGCGGACUGAGCUUGUCGAGUGCCGAGUCCGGCAUCGGAGCUGGCGAUGAGCACAUGAAAUACUUGUGCCCCAUCUGCGAGGUUGUUUCGGCCACGCCCCACGAAUUCACCAAUCACAUACGCUGCCACAACUAUGCCAACGGCGACACCGAGAACUUCACCUGCCGCAUCUGCUCAAAGGUGCUGUCGUCGGCCUCGUCGCUGGAUCGUCACGUGCUGGUGCACACUGGGGAGCGACCCUUCAACUGCCGCUAUUGCCACCUGACAUUCACAACGAACGGCAACAUGCAUCGUCACAUGCGCACGCACAAACAGCAUCAGCAACAGUCGCAGUCACAGUCGCAGUCACAGUCACAGCAGCAGCAACAGUCACAGCAACAGCCAUCCGCACAGCAGCAGCAACAGUUGCACUCACAGCAGCAGCCACAUCAGCGACGUCAGCAACAUGCGGCAACAGCUGCAAGUGGAGCGCAGAUGUCUGCGACAUCAGCGGGACGAGCGGAGAGCUAUGAAAGCGAUGCCAGCUGCUCGACGGAUGUUUCGAGUGCAGCGAGUCACAGCAGCAGCAACAACAGCAGCCACAGCAGCCAACGUUCCCUCCACAACAACAACAAUAACAGCAAGUUGAACAACAACAAUGAGUUAGACUUGGAGUUGGACAACAAACAGCGACGCCACAAGCUCAUCAACAUCAUCAACAACAACAACAACAUUGCCGAAGAUCAAGAUGAAGCGAUGGAGCAACCACAGCUGAAAUCCGAAGCCGAACACGAUGAGGAUGAAGAUGAGAAUGUGGACAGCGAAUCGGAAGUGACACAAGUCAUCACAAGCACUCCCGAUGUGGCCACAUUGCUGGCGAGUUCCUCCCGAUCGGGGGGCACAACACCGACGCAGUUGCUCAGUUGUCCCGCCUGUGCGGCGGAUGAUUUCGAAUCGUUGCCUGCACUCUGCCAGCAUCUGGAUGCCCAGCAUGCGGAUAUACCGGCGAAAUGUCGCGAAUGUGAUGUGAUCUUUGGCAGCCAUCGUCAGCUGCAAACGCACAGCUGUCGCAUGCAAAUGUUGCCGCUGCUCGGUGCCAGCUCAUCCCCGUUGCACAAGCAGGAACACGACGACGACGACGUCGGAGAUGAGGACGUUGACGAUGAGGAAGCUGCUCACGAUGACGACGAUGAUGCGGAGGCAACAGCGCAGCGACACAGCGAACGCAAUGACUUCUUUCAGCAACUGUAUCUCAAGGGUAAAUCCUCAGCAUUGGCACAACAACAACAACAGCCGUCGUUGCCCUCCCCGAUCAAACACGAACCCCCGGCGAAUGCGAAUGAUAGUCGACAGGAUUUGGCGGACAUUCAAAGCAUACUGAACAUGACCAGCUCCAGUUGCACCUCGAGUUUUCUGCGCAACUUUGAGCAAUCGGUGAACACUCCCUGCUCCAGUCAAUACAGCCUGGAUGGUCGGGAUGGUGAUGAGGAGGCGCAGGAUGCAUUCACCAGCGAAUUCCGACGCAUGAAACUUCGCGGCGAAUUCCCCUGCAAGCUCUGCACCGCUGUUUUCCCCAAUCUUCGUGCGCUCAAAGGUCACAAUCGUGUCCAUCUCGCUGCCGUGGGUCCUGCAGGUCCGUUCCGUUGCAACAUGUGUCCCUAUGCGGUGUGCGAUAAAGCAGCUCUGGUGCGUCACAUGCGCACCCACAAUGGGGAUCGUCCGUAUGAGUGCGCCGUGUGCAAUUAUGCGUUCACCACGAAGGCGAAUUGUGAGCGGCAUUUGCGCAAUCGUCAUGGUAAAACGAGUCGCGAGGAGGUGAAGCGUGCCAUACUCUAUCAUCCCGCCGAGGAUGCCAGCUGCGAGGAUGCCAAGUCCUCCGGACAACAGGAGCUCGCUGAGCUCAGCUAUCGCUCGGCAACGCCGCCGCUAACAACGACAUCGGAGUCAACGAGCUCCCAGCUGAAGCACAUGUUACUCUCGGCCGAAGCACCCAAGAUACAGGUGAAGAGUCUCGAUCAGUUGGUGGAGAAGCCAACGGCAGCCAUGGAUCUCAACAUGGAUGUGCUCGAUCUGAGCAAGAAGCCAACGUUGGCUCAGGAGUUGCUCGAGCAGCGCGAACGUGAACGGGAGAGGGAACGGGAGCGAGAACGUGAACGGGAGCGUGAGCGUGAACACGAAUUGCUGCUGCAACAGCAGCAACAGCAACAACAACAGCAGCAGCAGCAACAACUCUUUGGCGCCGGUGAAGCAGCCACACAGUAUAUGCAGCAAUUGUUUAGGAAUCUCAUGUUCCAGCAAUCCCCGGGAUUUCCCUUCUUCGGUUUCAUGGCGCCGCCUAACGCAGCAGCAGCAGCCGCAGCUGCAGCCACACCUGAUAAGUCUAGCUCCACAACAGCAGCAGCAGCCACAACUGGCACGCCCCUUGGACUGCCACUCCCCCUACCAAAUGUGGGCGUUCCGGUGCCAGCCGGCGGACCCGUCAAGAUGGUCAUCAAGAACGGAGUGCUGAUGCCCAAGCAGAAGCAGCGUCGCUAUCGCACCGAACGUCCCUUUGCCUGCGAGCAUUGCUCGGCGCGUUUUACGCUCCGAUCCAACAUGGAGCGUCAUGUGAAGCAACAGCAUCCGCAGUUCUACGCUCAGCGUCAGCGCAGCGGACAUCAUGUGAUGCGCGGACGUGCCGCGUCCUCAAGUGCCGCAGCCGCAGCAGCAGCAGCAGCGGCGGCAGCAGCAGCCGCAGCAGCCAUGUCCAAUCUAAGUCAACAGCAGCAGCAGCAACAACAUUCGCAUCAUCCACAUCAUCCGCACAUCUCGGAUCAAGUGAAGUACGCGAUACUCGCACAGCAGCUGAAGGCGCGCAAGGACACGGAUCUGUUGCAGCAGGCGCUCGCUCAUGGCUCCAGCAGCGUGGUUGGUGGUGUUGCCAACGCCAGCAAUCCGCUGUUGCACUUUGGCUACAAAGCUGCGAGCAGCAAUGGUCAGAGCAAUGGACAUCAUGCUGCGACGCUCAACGAUGACGAUGAACCGCCGAAGUUGAUCAUCGACGAGGACGAUGAGGAUGAGUUCGAUGAGGUGGAGGAUGAGGAUGAUGAGGACGAUGUCGAGGAGGAGUUAGAUGAGCAGGAGCAACAGCCACAGCCACCGCAACAACAGCUGGAGGAUCAGGCUGAAUCCGAGCUCAUCGAGGAGUCGACGCAACCCCGCAGCUCCACGCCCAUUGAGGCAGCCAAAAAGGUGGCCGAGACCAUACUCGAGCAGGCCAUCAAGGCAGGCAAAUCCGACACAGCGGCGCUUUCCAAGACUCCAGUCUCUGCUACUCCCACCCCCUCAACACCUCCCGCACCGCAUUCAAUGAAAACCCUAAUAGCCCAAGCCGAGUCUGUGGCCAAAUCGUUGAAGGAAGUGGCCAGCUCUCCGUUCAAGGAUGAAUCUCAGGAUCUGGUGCCGGUGUCGAAGCUAGUCGAUAAUGCCACCAGCAAUCAGGUGUCGUUCAACAGCUACUUUCGUCCCAGCGAUGUGGCCAAUCACAUGGAGCAGAGCGAUGAGGAGGGUUUAGUUGCCUCCGGUAGCGCCUCCGAAAGCAACAAUUCCGGCACCGAAGAUGUGACCAGCAGCAGCAGCAAUGAACCGAAAAAGAAGUCCGCCUACAGCUUGGCUCCGAAUCGUGUCAGUUGCCCGUAUUGCCAACGCAUGUUCCCCUGGAGCAGCUCGUUGCGACGCCACAUUCUCACACACACCGGCCAGAAGCCGUUCAAGUGCUCGCAUUGUCCGCUGCUCUUCACCACCAAGAGCAACUGUGAUCGCCAUCUGUUGCGCAAGCACGGCAACGUCGAGUCAGCAAUGAGCGUCUACGUCCCCACCGAGGAUGUCAGCGAACCGAUACCGGUGCCCAAGUCCGUUGAGGAGAUCGAAUUGGAGGAGCAGCGACGUCGCAAGGCUGCCGAAAUCGAGUUGGAACGUGAACGUGAACGCGAGCGGGAAUUGGAACGUGAACGGGAACGGGAACGCGAACGCGAAAGGGAGCGUGAACAGGAACUGGAGCGUGAACGGGAGCGACGUCAACUGGAGCAGGAGCGUGAACAGCAGCAGCUAAUACAACAGCUGGCAGCAGCAGCUCAGCUCAGUCAACAAAUGGCCGCAGCGGCAGCAGCAGCCGCCGUCCUCAAUGGGGAGAAUGCCAGCUCAACUGCUGCUGCUCCGGGUGCAGGCGAGGCACAAGGCAGCGAUUUGCCCUACAAGUGUCAUCUGUGCGAAUAUUCGUUUGCGGAGCGUUUGCAGUGCUUGGAUCAUAUCAAGCAGCAGCAUGCACAGGAAUUUGCUCUGCUCCUCGCCAAGGGCGCCAUCGAAACGGAAAGCGGAGACCAACAACAGCAACAGCAGCUGCCUCCACCUCCUGCUCCCGCUUCCGAUGAGGAAAACAGCACCACAAAUCCGUCGUCACGCAACAAAUAUCCCGACUACAGCAACCGCAAGGUGAUCUGCGCCUUUUGCGUCCGUCGCUUCUGGUCCACCGAGGAUCUGCGUCGUCAUAUGCGAACCCACUCCGGGGAGCGUCCGUUUCAGUGUGACAUCUGCCUGCGCAAGUUCACGCUGAAGCACAGCAUGUUGCGGCACAUGAAGAAGCACAGCGGACGCAGUCACAACGGCGAACAGGGACAAUCCGAUUGUUCCGAUGAUGAGCAGAGCGCUUUGAAUAGUCCGCCCAGCACUCCUACACCCACGCAUAACAACAACAACAACAAUAACAACAACACCAGUAACAACAACAACAACAACAACACUUGCCACAACAACAACAAUAAUAACAAGCAGAGCUUGCGUCUGCCCAAGUUGCAUGAGCUCCUGGACAAGGCAAACGAAUGGCGCGAAAGUCAUCUCGGUGAGCACAAGGAAAACAUCGGCGAGGCCAGUAAACCUUCCUCUGCUGCCACUGCAGCUGCAGCUGCGGCUGCUGCCGCCGCGGCGGCUGUGGCCAGCGGUGAUCUGAUUGGCAAUCUGCUGGGCAUCAGCGAUCAGGGCAUUCUCAACAAGUUGCUCUCCUCCGCUGACGAAGCAGCCAAGCUUCUGGGCGUCGACAAGUAAGCGGAAGAAGGGUGCAAGCGAUGACCGCUAGGUUAAACUAACCCCACAAAACGUUGCCAGAUACAACAUAUACCAACAAUAUAUACUAAAAAAAAAAGAAGAAAACUAACACCACACCCAGCUCAGUAGUCUAUAAAGAAAAACCCCACACACUAUAGUCAAGUCGAAAAAGGUGCUUCGGUCUGGCCGAAUGAUGGUUAUGCCCUUGCAGUUGCGCACAGACAGAGUUAUUGAGUUAGGAACUAUUAGCCAAAAGCUAUACCAAAUUUCAACUCGCUAACUCAAGUGACAGCUGAGUUUCUUGAGUUAGGAGUUGUUAGUAAAAGCUGUAUAGCAAAUUUCAGCUCGCUACCUCAACGGGCAGCUGAGUUCCUUGAGUUAGCAAAGAGGAAUACCAAAUUUCAGCUGCUAGUUGAACGGACAGCCAAGUUCCUUGAGUUAGGAAGCGCUGCAAAGCCAGUUCCAUUCGUCUAGCUCAAUGGGAAGCUGAGUUCCUUGAGUUAGGAGCUGUUAGCAAAAGCUACUUCAGCUCGCUAGCUCAACAGGCAUCUGAGUUCCUUGAGUUAGGAAGCGCUGCAAGGGUUCUAACAGUAUGUUCCAACAUUGGAGCAUUGCAAAACUUUGAACUGUAUGCGAAAAACACACAGAAUGUUUGUAAUUUUCGCCCCCGUAUACAUAUACCAAAGCCUAAAUAGUUUUUUGCUAAAGCAUAAAAAAAACAACAGAAAAAGAAAACUGUUAUAAUAACUAUUAUUAAAUUGAUUAUUAUUAUUAUAAUUUUUUUUACAAUUAUAUAAUUUUUUUUUUUUGGUUUUUGCUAGCAGAAUUAAGCGAAAGUUUUGUGUGCGGUACAACCGAAACUGAAACAGAAACAAAAUGAAAAUGAAAAUGAAACAACAGUCAGUCUCAAUUCCAUUUUCGCAACAAUUUCGCAAUGAAUAUCGCAAAUUGUUGCCAAUCUUGGAAUUGUCAAAUAAUUAAGGAAAAAUCUGAUAAAUGUCAACGAUUAAUCAAAAUGUGCAUUAAAACGCUCUAAAUUUUAAGUACAAUUUUUUUCAACUAUUUUUUUUUCGCUAGUCUUAAGUUCUGAUUUAGAAGUUAAGAGAAACCAAAAAACAACAACGAAAAAAAAACAUAAAACAAAAAAAAAACAGUAAAAGACUUGAUAGAAAGAGAAAAUAUAAUAAUAAGAGUAAAACUUGUACAAGAAAAUUGCCUUGGUAGUGCUCUAUGUGUUUUACAUACGUAUAUAUAUACUACAUAGAUAUAUAUUUCUAGAUAUAGAUAAUCUGAUUGAUCAUUGGAAAAUGUACAUUUUGAGGCCUUUAACCGCAACGUGGCUUAAUAAUCAUAAUUGAAAAUGCAUGAAAAACGCAUUCCAUAUUAAUUGUAGUCGAUUUAGUCUUAAGUGGCUUUUUUUUACUAUAUAUAUACAACUAUAUUAUACAUACUUAUAUACAAUACUUAUACUAUAUAUAUAUAUACAUUAUUAUGAAUAUUAUUAUUAUAUCAAUUGGGAAAACUCCCUGAAGAAGGUCGAAAUCAUUUGCUGUAGCUUAAAAGAAAAAACACAAAAUUAAAUUUUAAAAUUAUAUAAAUAUAUUAUGCAUACUUAUACACAUAGAAUACAUACACUCAAACACACACACACACACAAUUAUACAUAAUUAUAUAUAUAGAGAGAAAGCAAAAUCAUAUAAAGUAGUCGACAUUUACAGCAAUAACCAAAGCAUUUCACAUUUAAACGAGUUUUAUUCAAAAGCGAAACAAAAACAAACACACACAAAAACCACAUUAUUGAUCAAAUUAAAUUAUAUGUACUUAGCUAUUAUAUGUACUUAAUAAAUUAAUUAAUUAUUUUACGACAAUUUGAAUUAUUACUAUGGAAAAUAAAAUGUAACAGUUGCGA